AAAAGAGAGAGGAGUGUUGAACAAUGCUUUAGUGGUCACUGUAUAGUUUUUGUUUUAUUGGUUCUUAAAUAAAAUGGACGGCUCAAAGUCAAGGAAGUCCGAUGCUGCGGCGACGAGAAAACGUCGCUCGUCGAUCCUAAAGAGCCAGCGGAACGUGCGCGCGCCGCUGUCUGAACUAGAGUUCAACGUGGCUACCCCCGACCAGGCCAAGAGCCGCCGUGUGAGCUUCAGCCGCCGCACCGGCGUGGCAGAGUUCGAGAUCAGCGAAGCGACGACCGCGUGGAAGAAUGUGUACGAGGAGCACAACAAGUCGCUGGAGUCGUCGGCCAACGAGUCCGGCGCGCCGCCGCGACGCGUGGGGCACCUCGGCGCGCGCGCGUCGCAGUUUGAGGACGAUGAGGCCGACGUCAUCGACGCCACGGAGCCCCAGGCCCCGCCCACUGCACAACUGGACGAACUGCCCACCAACACUAACACUAUACAGGCUUGGUACAGGUAUUAUUUUAAUUACAAUCAUCUCAGCCGAAAGACGUCCACUGAAGGACAAAGAAGAUCUAUAAUCAUCAUCAUCAGCCCGUUUCAGUCCACUGCUGGACAUAGGUCUCUCCCAAGAGGUGGCGUGGAGCCAAAAGUAACCCGCGGAGAUAUAGAGCACUCAGGCGCUGCUGCUGCGACUGCGUUUGCAGAUCACUUCAGCUCUGUGUUUUUGCCGGACGAGCCAGCUCUGGAUCCCCAAGUGGCCAGCGCCAGCUUGCCGGCCGAUGCUAGGCACGUGGACGUUAAAUGUCUUACUUCGACAGAUAUAAGAAACGCUGUGAAAAAGUUAAAGUCUAGUGCCGCACCUGGACCUGACGCGAUACCGGCGUUUCUAAUCAAGGCCUGCAUUGAUGACUUAGUCGCUCCGAUUAAGUUUAUGUUCAACCUUCUCCUGGAUUCUGGAGUCUACCCUGCGGUAUGGAAAAGAUCUAGGGUAACACCUAUUCCUAAAGCGGGCUCGAAACUAAAAGUGGAGAACUACCGUCCAAUUGCCAUCUUAAGCGUCUUAGCUAAAAUUUUCGAGUCAGCUAUUCAAGGAAGACUGCUCCCACAAUGUCUGGCUCAUAUUACCGAUGCGCAACACGCGUUCUUACCCAAAAGAUCUGUGGCAACUAAUUUGCUAACCUUAACCCAGAUCUUGUCGCGCGAGCUAGAUAGGAAGGCUCAAGUCGACGUCGUCUACCUAGACUUCCAAAAAGCCUUCGACCGCGUAGACAAUGACAUUCUUCUUAUGAAGUUAGGCGCAAUGGGCUUUGCUCCAAGGUUGCUUAAGUUGUUUGCGAGCUAUCUCUCCGGUCGAACUCAGAAUAAAAUCGACAGUAUAAAACUUGUCGAAGUCUGCGUGCGCCUGUUCGUACCUAACCAAUACACCCGCGCGCGCCGGCACCCGCUGCUGGCGGGGGGCUCCGCGCGCACGCAGGCGCACGCGCAGGCGCCGGUCGCGCGCGCGCACGCGCUGCUCAACUCCCUGCUCGAGGCACAGCCGCAGUGCGAUUUAUUUCUCUUUCGCCUAGAAUCGAACCCGGGGCACCGCGAGGUCACGGACAACCUCGCUGUGGACUUCUCCGCCGUGGCGCCGCUCGCCGACGACCUGGAGGCGCUGCGCCGGGACCUGGAGCGCGAGCCCCAGCGCGCCAACAUCUCAGAAAUCAGCAUCGACUUAGACUUCAACGCUACACACUUCAGCCUCAAAGCUGAUGAAGAUGACAUGUCCAUUACCGACACUAUCCGCAGCCCAGCAGUCGCUGCGACUAAAAAGCAAGUCGAAGAUUGGACGGUUGAUAAAGAGAAUAUAGUUAUCAAUCCGUACAUAGCGCCUCCGCCAGCAGAAUUCCCUUGCGAGGAUGAUAUAUUAGUGUUUGAUGGCAAAAAGUGCAAAUUUCAAUCGAAAUUGGACAUUAGUGAUGCGCCUUUAGAGUCUGUGGGAGAGAAUAUUUCUCCGAAGACAGUGGUUGGUGAUAUGACACAAGCUAUACCCGUGCGUUUACAAGCAAAUAUACAAGAUAAGAGUGUCCUCAAUACAGCGCGGGGACGGACCGUAGUGUUUGGCGAUGAUGGGGACAUGUCGGUAACUCAGGGUGUUGCUAAUAAUAUUAUAGCUGCAAAAGCUGUACAUGAGGAUAAAGAGAAUCAGAGAACUAUGUAUUUCAAUGAUUUGCCUGACAUGUCAGUUACACAAGCUCUACCAGCGGACAUCAUUCAAAACGAACCCCAGCUCAAAACCAUCUUAUACGAAGAUGACGCACAUAUAUCCAUGACCGAAGCUGUGCCAGCUCGCGUCCUCGCAGGGCCUGAAAACCUUACUCUAGAAGCAAACUUAGAAAAUAAAAGACCUAUUGUCUAUGAAAACGCCGAUGUGUCCAUGACUCUCGAGGUUUCGGGAGUUAUACAAGAAGUAAAAGGCAGUGAAGAUCGGAGAAAAACUAUUGUUUUUGGCAAUGAUGAUGGUAAUGUUUCCGUAACUGGCGUACUGCCAGCUAAUAUAAUUGAUGAAGUAAAAAUUCAACCUAACAUGGAACAAAGAAAAGCUAUAGGUUUUGCCGAUGAAGAUGGACAUGUCUCUAUGACUGGAGUUUUACCGGCAAAUAUAAUUGAUGAAGCUAAAUUAGUUCCACCACCAAAUACGGAACAAAGAAAAAUUAUUGUCUAUGGAAAUGAUAAUGGUAAUUUGUCUGUAACUGGCGUUUUGCCAACUAAGAUAAUCAAUGAAACGAAAUUAACACAACUUAAUACAGACCGCAGAAGGACAGUAGUUUUUGGAAAUGAUGAUGGAAACCUGUCAAUGACUGGUGUAGCACCAGUGAAUAUACUUGAUGGAGCCAAAGUUACUCAAGAACCUCAUACUGACCGAAGAAAAACCAUUGUAUAUAAUAAUGCUGAGGGAAAUGUGUCCAUGACUGGGGUUCUACCAGUCAAUAUUAUUGAUGAAGCAAAAGUACAACAGGCAAUUGAACGCAGAAAGACCAUAGUUUACGAUAAUGAUGACGGAAAUGUUUCUAUAACUAGUGUUUUACCAGCCAAUAUUAUUGAUGCACCAAAAGCAAUUCAACAAAGCAUGGAUAGCAAAAAAACUGUUGUUUUUGGAAAUGAUGAUGGAAAUCUAUCUAUGACUGGUAUAGCACCAAUUAAUAAACUUGAUGGAGCAAAAGAUCCUAAUGCAGAGCGUAGAAAAACCAUAGUUUAUGAAAAUGAUGGGGGUAAUAUCUCAAUGACUGGAGUAGUACCUGCCAAUAUACUUAACGGAGCAAAAGAAACUCAAGAAAUGAAUACAGAUCGUCGAAAAACCAUAGUUUAUAAUAAUGAUGACGGAAAUAUUUCUAUCACUGGGGUAGUGCCCGUAAACAUAUUUGAUGUAGCAAAGGAAACCCAAGAACCUAAUGCAGAUCGCAGAAAAACAAUUGUUUAUGAUAAUGAUGAGGGUAAUAUUUCUGUAACUGGAGUAGUCCCAGUCAAUAUACUUGAUGAAGCAAAACAACUUCCUACAGAUUGUAGAAAAACUAUGGGGUAUGGUUUAGAUGAUGAUAAUGUGGCUAAGACUGAUGUCUCAACUAAUGAUGAUGGCGCAAACAAGCAACCUCUAGAUGCAAUACGCAGAAUAACAGUCGUUUAUGACAGAGACAACGGAAAUUUAUGCAAGACUGGUGUCGCGGCGAUUAAUAUACUUGAUGAAGCAAAUAAGCAAACAGAACAUAAAACGGUAUAUAUGACUGAUAAUGGAAAUUUGCCUCUGAGUGCAGCAGCAUCAGAGCUACUUGAGGAUGCCAAUGAACGCAGAAAAACUGUUUUUGGUGAUGAUGAUAACAAUGUGUCUGUAACUGGAAUAAUACCGGCUAAUAUUAUUCAAGACGAAGCUAAAUUGAUCCAGUCUCUAAAUGAAGAACGCAGAAAAACUAUCGCCUAUGGGAAUGAAGAUGCAAACGUAUCUGCGACUGGAGACACACCAGAGAAUAUAAUAGAUAAGGAAAGUGAUAAAAAACAGCCUGAAACCAGUCGUAAAAGCGGUUAUGGCGUUGAAGAUAAAAGUAAGUCUGUAAUAGAAAUUCUGCUUGCCAAUAUGCUUGACCAAGAAGAUGGAGUUAAAAUUACUCAUGAAGUUCAUGAAGAUGAUGGUACAAAUAUGUCAAUUACAGGAGAUAUUCCCAAUAUUAUUGAUGAAGCAAAAUCUACGCGUGCUCCAAAUGAACGCAGAAUAACUAUCGUUUACGAAGAUAGUGAUGUUUCAAUGAGAAGUUUCAAAGAGAGAAAGACACACACAAGUAUUAUAUGUGAAAAUACUGAAACUCAACAGAAUGAACUCGAGGUUUUUGAUGAAAAGGAUGAACAGGUUGAAAUGAUAGAGGCAUUUAUAAUACCAAAACUAAUAGAAUCUGAUGAAGGUGAUGUUUCUAUGACACAAGCUGAUGGACCGCAGUCGCCAAAGAAUCUUCGUUCAGCUACAUUUAAUAAGUCAUUGGCUAAUCAGGAUAUAACAUCACUCAACAAAUCUUUGGCCGGCCAAAUUAAUUUCACCAUAGAUAACACUUUAGCUGACCAAACAUUUGAUAAAUCGGUCGACACAACACAAACUUUCAACAAAUCUUUGGCUGAUCCGGUCCUUUCCACCGCGUUCAAUAAGAAAUCAGCUGACGUAACAACCGCAGAAAAAUCGCAGGUCGAUCCACAUUCAGCCACAUUUAACAAAUCUUUGGCCAACCAGGAGUUAGCCACAACCAAAUCAUUGGCUGGCCAAGAACCAGCCACAUUGAACAAGUCUGUGGCUGGGCAGGAAUCCACAGUCAAUAAAACUUUAACUGUUCCUUCAAAGUCAAUGAAUAAAAUUCUAACCAGCAACGUUUUAGUCUACGGCGCCACAACCGAGCGUAAAGCCAAGGUUAGUGAUAAUUCAUACAUGGACGGGUUGAAUUUAGCGGAUAACCAAUCUCAAGAAUCCACAAACGCCUCACUGGCUCUAUCUAAGAGCUCCGCUGAGCAGUUGGCCAGGUCUCGGAUAGAAGCAGUAAUGACACCACCAAAAGGAUCUGUCCUCGAUGUAUUACUUGAUAUGUCGCAGGCUUCAGGAGAAGAUACGUGGAAUAAACCACAAAGUACUACUGUAACUGAAUCUGUCAGUAGUAUAACUGUGACUGCAACCGAAAGUACCACUGUAACUGAACCUGUCAGCAAUAUAACUGUGACUGCGACCGAUACUGUCUUUACUUCCGAUAGCGACGUCCUGGUCAAGGACGAUGUACCAGAUGAACCAGCGUUGGAAGUCACCCAACCUUUAGCCAUAGAAUACAAGAAGCAAAAGCAUGGUAUAGUUUGUAACCUUCAAAAGAAACUCAGCGAGCUAAAAAACAUGCUCCAUGUCAGACAGAAAUCUCCCAAAAAAAUAAAAAAUAAAAGUGAAUAUCAGGAUCUGACGCAUAUCACUCCAAAUUUGGAUACACCCAAAACUACUGAUAGUUUCGAAAAGAAAAAAUUGCCAAAGCCGUCUUUAAAGUCUAGAGGAUCAAAUUUGGAUACUCCUAAAAUUAAUGAGAGUUUUGAAAAGAGUAAAUUGCUAAAGCCUUCUUUAAAUUCUAGAACUUCAAAUUUGGAUUCUCCUAAAAUUAAUGAGAGUUAUGAAAAGAGUAAAGUGCCAAAGCCUUCUUUAAAUUCUAGAAGUUCAAAUUUGGAUACUCUGAAAAUUAAUGAGAGUUUUGAAAAAAGUAAAAUGCUAAAGCCUUCUUUAAAGCUUAAAGCCUUAAAAUCUCCAAGUUCUCCGAAUAAGGAUGUUCAAGAAAAAAACAAGUCAAUGAGUAUUGAUUUGCUUUCCGAAAUGUUUAUAUAUGACGAGGAAGAAUCUGUGUUAGAUAAUCAGAUACAGGUGGAUUUGACUUCUAUUGAAGAUGAGGAACAACCAAACACAAAUAGAUGCCAAGCGAAUGAUACUAAAGCAAUUUUAGAUGCUUUGUCCGACUUUACUGAUACAAGACGCUCGGGAGACUUUGAAGCCGCUCAUAACCAAAAUAAUACUAAACGCAGCUCCGCUCCGGAUAGAAAAUCCAUGGUCAUAUCAAGAGAAGACCUGCUUCGAGGGAUCUCCAUGGCCCAAGCGCUCAUGAAAACGGAAAUGGCACAGACGGAGAUGGAAUUAGAUGCGACCGAAGGCAGUUCAGAUGAACAGGAGCCUAGUCCACCGCGCCUUAGUGGAGAGGUCGUCAAAACUCUACGUUUCGAUGACGAUGAUUCUAUUCUAGAGCCUAAACUCCUUCAAAAACCUGUAUCAACUGAUUGUCCCUCUGUCCGAACUUCCACAGUCAUACCGACAUACGAAAUCAGCGAUCCGGUGAAAGAGCUUAUGAAGGAACUUAUAAAACCGCUGGCGGAUGUGGAGCAACCCCCACUGAGCCGGCCUUGUCAAAGCUCCCAAGCGAACCAUUUAGAUUCCAGCCAGAUCGAUUUAAUUUCUACCAAACCUAUCAUAUCUCCUCGCUCCUGUUUAAGAAAGAGUGAAAAAGAGGUCGCUCACUCAGAAACGCAUGUGGUGUCACCACAGAGAGAACCGGCACCUGUAAUAGUCUUCGAUCCGUCCAAUCCGCUGAACAAUGUUCUUAUUCCACCGGUGGAUCAAGCGGUGGUCCACAAGUAUAAUCCGAUCCAGCCGGCACCUAGCAUCAGUUCAAGCAUCAGCUUUGAGAGUCAGUGUUGCCAGACAGAGGCCCCGGGGCCGAGGAACAUGGAGGUGGGCAUGGCGCUGGUGAGGCCCACGGUGGACCGCGGAGUGGCUCCCAGCGCGCUGCUGGGAGGCGGCUUGGUGGAUCGAGGAGUCGCCACUGACCCUGCUGUUAAAAACUGUGAAGUUAAUACGUCUAUAGUUAUGAAAGGCAACCGCGAGCUCCUAGCUGACAGCUCUUCCCUCACACUAGUGGACGACGCCCUGCCCCGGUCGCCUGUCCGCGUCAUCUUCAAGCUGGACGAGCCGUACUCGUCGGUCAUGCUCGACUCGGACCUGACGUCCGUGCACGACUCGUCCGAGCCCGGCCGGAAGAGGGGACGUGUCGCGGCUCAAGGCCCGGAGCUGGACGAGCCGUACUCGUCGGUCAUGCUCGACUCGGACCUGACGUCCGUGCACGACUCGUCCGAGCCCGGCCGGAAGAGGGGACGUGUCGCGGCUCAAGGCCCGGAGCUGGACGAGCCGUACUCGUCGGUCAUGCUCGACUCGGACCUGACGUCCGUGCACCACUCGUCCGAGCCCGGCCGGAAGAGGGGACAUGUCGCGGCUCAAGGCCCGGAGCUGGACGAGCCGUACUCGUCGGUCAUGCUCGACUCGGACCUGACGUCCGUGCACGACUCGUCCGAGCCCGGCCGGAAGAGGGGACGUGUCGCGGCUCAAGGCCCGGAGCUGGACGAGCCGUACUCGUCGGUCAUGCUCGACUCGGACCUGACGUCCGUGCACCACUCGUCCGAGCCCGGCCGGAAGAGGGGACAUGUCGCGGCUCAAGGCCCGGAGCUGGACGAGCCGUACUCGUCGGUCAUGCUCGACUCGGACCUGACGUCCGUGCACGACUCGUCCGAGCCCGGCCGGAAGAGGGGACAUGUCGCGGCUCGAGGCCCGGAGGUAACGCCGAAGCCAGCCAUGAAAGUGCAGAAAGUGUCCAGAAACACAAAAGUUUCAAGAAGUCCACGAAGCCCGUCUCCUAAAGGGAAGUACAGCUCUGUGUCGAGCAGCAAAGGGUCGACGGUGACUGUGGCGCACUUGUACGCGAGCGAGCGCAGCGCGUCGUCCGCCACCGACUCGCGCUGCAGCAGAGUGUUCGUGUCAGACUGGCGGCCCGAGCUGCUCCACGAGGCGAGCUCCAAGAACCUGGUGGCCGAGCAGGAGUCCGGCGUCAACGUGGUGGCCAAGAUCGACGUGCUGCCCUUCAUGGGCACCUACGAAUGCGAGUGGGAGUCCCGUGCGGGCGACACGUGGUCGUUCCGGCUGCUGCGCUCGCGACUACGGCUGCUGAUCCGACUAGAGCACCGCGCGACUAACAACACUAGAUCGCUAGUGCGGGCCGACACGCCCGUCAGACUAGUGACCGUGCAACAUGCCACCCUCGACCAAGAGCGCACGGAGCCGGUGGCGGCGCUAUGCCUGUGCCUGGCGGCGCAGGCGCUGCAGCGCGUGUGCGCGCGCGGCGUGGCGCGCGCCGGCGCCGUGCCCGCGCUACUGCGCCGCUGCGCCGCCAUCGCCAGGGUGGCGCUGCACUGGGGCCGCUGCAUGCGGCAAGCGAGCGCUGCACUCGCCUUCUCGCUCUCCGAAGAUGGCUGUCUCUCUCUCAAGGUGGCGAACAUCCCUCUGCGCUCGAUCUGGGAGGUGACGCUGCGCGUGGAGCUGUUCGACGACGGUCGCGGCGCGCCGCACCCGCGCGCGGCCGGCGUGAGCGUGACGCCCGUGCUGGCCGCCCAUCCCCCCACCCCCACCCCCGCCGAGCUGCGCGCGCUGCUCGCCGCCGUGCCCGAGGACUGGGGACACGUGCCGCGCACCAUAUGGAAAGUAUUCAAAUAUCUGAAGAACAAGAAGCCGGAGGACGACCUGUUCAUCAUGUAACGCACACACAUACACACGCAAACGACUACACGACAAAACAUGCUAUACUACACUGCGGUACAAAAACUGCCUUCCGCGACCUCGACUCACCGACGGAGCGGCAGCUGACGUCCACGAGAAGUCAUUACGCAUCACCCUUAACUUCAGAGGUUACCGCCCGGAAUACGAUGACUGACGAAAUUUACUACAAGUUAUUACUGUUACUAUAUGGUAAUAUGCAGGUUCAUUUCCAGUCUAAGGUACUGGAGACCUUGGUCACUCAUUCUUUCGUCGUAUGGUACCGUACCCAAAUUGGUACAGUAAUUUUGGCUACGGUGGUACACACGGCCAUAACAUACCCACAUACAUACAUAUUAGUUUAGAUUUUAGAAGUUAGUGAUAUAAACUUAAGCGGAAGAUAUAAGCUACGACCACAAGA